GUGACGCAACACGGAAGUGGCGUCUCAUUGCAUCAGAUCGCUCAGUGUGGCGUGAGAGAUCUCACGCGGCGAGCAGCUUUUUGACCGGCUGACGUCUUUCAUUGUUUCUUUCAAAGGGAUGGCCACUCUUUACGUGUCCCCCCACCCCGAUGACUUCCGGAGCCUGCUGGCUCUCCUCGCCGCCGAGGCGUGGCCGUCCUCUGGCGUCAAGAUCGUCACUGACAACCCCCCCGCCAAUCUCUGCGCCCGCUCCACUCCCGCCUUGGUGCUGGGCGCGGGGGACGGCGGCGCCGUGCUGAGCGGGGCCAACGCCGUGGCCUGGUACCUGGCCGUGCAAGGGAAGAGGGCCGGCGCGGGUGUGAAGCAGCAGAGUGAGGUGUGGCAGUGGCUCAGCUUCGCCGACAAUGAGCUCAUUCCGCCAUCGUGCGCCGUGGUCUUUCCCCUCAUGGGGGUGACGCUGGACAAAAAGCUCCAGCAGACUUCCCGUGUUGAGCUGUUGCGCAUCCUGAAGGUUCUGGAUAAGAUGCUGGAGCCAAAAACCUACCUCGUGGGGGAGAGCGUCACCCUCGCCGACAUGGCCGUGGCCUCGGCUCUUCUUCUGCCCUUCAAAUACGCUCUGGAGCCGUCCGACAGGGACGCGUUGACCAACGUGACCAGAUGGUUCACCACCUGCAUCAACCAGCCACACUUCAUCAAAGUGCUGGGAAAAGUCACGCUUUGCGAAAAGAUGGCGCCGGAGAAGACAAACGCAGAGGCCAAAGCUUGUUCUAAUCCUUGCGCUGCCGCCGCCGCUGGUGACAUGGCACAAGCGACGCCGAACGGGCCGCCCAAGACGGAAGCGCAGCUGAAGAAAGAAGCAAAGAAGAGAGAAAAGCUGGAGAAGUUCCAACAGAAGAAGGAGAUGGAGGCCAAGAAGAAGACGCAGCCAGUCACAGAGAAAAAGGCCAAACCUGAGAAGAAGGAGUUGGGGGUCAUCUCGUACAAUAUUCCUACUCCUACCGGGGAGAAAAAAGAUGUCGUCAGUCCGCUCCCUGACUCGUACAGUCCUCAAUAUGUGGAGGCCGCUUGGUAUCCCUGGUGGGAGAAGCAGGGAUUUUUCAAGCCCGAAUACGGGAGGCAAAGUAUUAGCGAUCCCAACCCACAAGGCAUCUUCAUGAUGUGCAUCCCUCCGCCCAACGUGACCGGAUCGCUCCACCUGGGACACGCCCUCACCAACGCCAUUCAGGAUUGCCUGACCAGAUGGCACAGGAUGCGCGGCGAGACCACCCUGUGGAACCCGGGCUGCGACCACGCCGGCAUCGCCACCCAGGUGGUGGUGGAGAAGAAGCUGAUGAGGGACAAGGGCAUGAGCCGCCACGACCUGGGCAGGGAAAAGUUCAUCGAGGAAGUGUGGAAGUGGAAGAACGAAAAAGGAGACCGCAUCUACCACCAGCUGAAGAAGCUGGGCUCCUCUCUGGACUGGGACCGAGCAUGUUUUACCAUGGACCCCAAACUUUCCUACGCGGUGCAGGAGGCGUUCAUCCGCAUGCACGACGAGGGGGUGAUCUACAGGAGCAAGAGGCUGGUCAACUGGUCCUGCUCGCUCAACUCCGCCAUCUCGGACAUCGAGGUGGACAAGAAGGAGCUGAUGGGCCGAACGCUGCUGCCUGUGCCAGGCUACAAAGACAAAGUGGAGUUCGGCGUCUUGGUGUCCUUUGCCUACAAAGUGGACGGCUCAGACGAGGAGGUGAUCGUGGCCACCACUCGUAUCGAGACCAUGCUGGGCGACACGGCCGUGGCCGUGCACCCCGACGACUCCAGAUACCGACACCUGAAGGGCAAGAUGGUGGCGCACCCCUUUUGCGAGCGCAAGAUGCCCGUUGUUUUUGACGACUUUGUGGACAUGAGCUUUGGAACAGGCGCCGUGAAAAUCACGCCGGCUCACGACCACAACGACUACGAGGUGGGCGUGCGUCACGGCUUGCCCUUCGUCAACAUCCUGGACGAGAACGGCCUGCUCAUCAACGUGCCUCCUCCCUUCCUGGGCAUGAAGCGCUUUGAGGCCAGGAAAGCGGUGUUGGAGGCGCUUCAGGACAGGGGCCACUUCAGGGAGGUCAAAGACAACCCCAUGGUGGUGCCCGUGUGCAGUCGCUCCAAGGACAUUGUGGAGCCCCUGUUGAAGCCGCAAUGGUACGUCAGCUGCACGGACAUGGGCAAGCAGGCCGCGGACGCCGUCCGAGAGGGUCGCCUAAAAAUCAUCCCGGACCACCACCUCAAGACCUGGUUCAACUGGAUGGACAACAUAAGGGACUGGUGCAUCUCCCGGCAGCUGUGGUGGGGUCACCGCAUCCCCGCUUACUUCAUUACUGUCAACGAUCCCUCCGUGAAACCGGGAGAGGACGUAGACGGCCAUUACUGGGUGAGCGGGAGGACAGCGGAGGAGGCCAGAGAGAAGGCGGCAAAGCGCUUCAACGUGACCUCUGACAAAGUUGCACUCAGACAAGACGAGGAUGUUCUGGACACUUGGUUCUCCUCUGGCAUUUUCCCCUUUUCCAUCUUCGGCUGGCCUAAUGAGACUCGGGACCUGAGUGUUUUCUACCCUGGCACCUUGCUAGAGACGGGUCACGAUAUCCUAUUCUUCUGGGUGGCUCGCAUGGUCAUGAUGGGCCUCAAACUGACCGGCAAGCUGCCCUUUAAAGAGGUUUAUCUGCACGCCGUCGUGAGGGACGCCCACGGAAGGAAGAUGAGCAAAUCUCUGGGCAACGUCAUCGACCCUCUUGAUGUCAUUACUGGGAUCUCCCUGGAGGGUCUGCACGCGCAGCUCACAUUCAGUAACUUGGACCCAGUGGAGGUGGAGCGAGCCAAGCAGGGCCAGAAGUCAGACUACCCCAACGGCAUCCCGGAAUGCGGCACAGACGCCCUCCGAUUCGCCCUGUGCGCAUACACCAGCCAAGGCAGGGACAUCAACCUGGACGUCAAUCGCAUCCUGGGUUACCGUCACUUCUGCAACAAGCUGUGGAACGCCGUCAAGUUUGCCAUGAAGACACUGGGGGACAAUUUUGUGCCCUCAGAGAAAGCCCAGAUGUGCGGCGAGGAGAGCGUAGCCGACCGCUGGAUUCUGUCCAGGCUGAGCGCCGCCGUCGGUCUGUGCGACGCCGGCUUCAAGGCAUACGACUUCCCCGCCAUCACCACCGCCAUCUACAACUUUUGGCUCUACGAGCUCUGCGACGUCUACCUGGAGAGCGUGAAGCCCGUCUUCAGCAAGGAGGGAGACGAGAAGCAGGCCGGCGUGUGCAGGCAGACCUUGUACACGUGCUUGGAUGUGGGCUUGCGCCUGCUCUCACCCAUCAUGCCUUUUGUCACGGAGGAGCUCUACCAGAGGUUGCCGCGGCGACGGCCUCAGCUCGAUGCACCUAGCAUCUGUGUCACGCCGUACCCCGACGCUCAAGAGUUCUGCUGGAACAGCGACGAGGUGGACCGCAACAUGGACUUUGUCAUGAACGUGGUCAAGACCAUCCGCUCGCUCAGGGCUGACUACAACUUGACCAAGACUCGAGCGGACUGUUACCUUCAGUGCGCGGACGCCGCCACCGUCUCCCUGGUGCAGACAUCCAACGUCCAGAUCCAAACUCUGUCGUACAGUCAGGCUGUCAUCCCCCUAAGUGCUGAGCAGGUGGUGCCGGCGGGCUGCGCUGUGGCCAUCGCGUCCGACCGAUGCACCGUCAACCUCAUGAUCAAGGGUCUGAUCGACGUGGACAAAGAAUUGUCCAAGCUGCAGGCGAAGAAAGGCGAGCUGACCAAGCUGAUGGAGAAGCUGCACGACAAGAUGGCCACCGGCGACUACAGGGACAAGGUGCCGCUCAAGGUGCAGCAGCAGGACGGCGAAAAGCUGAGACAAAGUCAGACGGAGCUGGACAAAGUCCAAGAAGCCAUGGACAACUUUAGCAAGAUGAAAUAACGCGUCAUCGUCAUCGUCAAAAUCAUCAUCAUGUUGAGUUGUGAGUUUUUAUUCCAAGUGUUGUCAAAAAAAUUGGAUU